CAAAAUCCUGCGUUGGCAACUGCCCGUCUUCCCUGGAGCAGCACUUGAAGAACGACUAAUCGCUCGUGAGACUCAUCUGGUGGAGCGUUCACACCAAUCAACCCGUCCCUCCCUUCCCGGUUCUCGGUAUUGUUGAUCCACUGAUCUAUUGACAGCCCUCACUCAUGUCGUCCAGCGGAGCCGUGGCGGCGGGUGCCACGACGCCCCGAGAUCCGGCCAGGGAUCCGCCCCGAGAUGCGGCUCGAGACAAAGCCUUGCACGAUUACCAGAAGAAGUUACUGGAGCACAAAGAGAUCGAGGCCAAGCUGAAGACGAUGCGCGAGGACUCCAAGGCCCUGAGCCAGCAAUACGACAAGUCCGAGAACGACCUGAAGGCCCUGCAGAGCGUGGGCCAGAUUGUGGGCGAAGUAUUGCGCCAACUCACGGAAGAGAAGUUCAUCGUGAAGGCCACCAACGGGCCCCGCUACGUGGUGGGCUGUCGCCGACAACUAGACAAGAGCAAGCUCAAGCCCAGCACGCGCGUAGCCCUGGACAUGACCACGCUCACCAUCAUGCGGUACUUGCCGCGCGAGGUCGACCCUCUGGUCUACAAUAUGUCUCACGAGGAUCCGGGCGACGUGAGCUACUCGGCCAUUGGCGGGCUCUCCGAGCAGAUCCGAGAGUUGCGGGAGGUGAUCGAGUUACCUCUGCUGAAUCCCGAGUUGUUUCAACGCGUGGGCAUCACCCCGCCCAAGGGAUGCUUAUUGUACGGCCCUCCAGGCACGGGCAAAACCUUGUUGGCACGAGCCGUGGCCAGUCAGCUGGACGCUAAUUUCUUGAAGGUCGUGUCUUCGGCCAUUGUGGACAAAUAUAUCGGCGAAUCGGCUCGCCUCAUUCGGGAGAUGUUCAACUACGCCCGCGAUCAUCAGCCGUGUAUCAUCUUCAUGGACGAGAUUGACGCGAUUGGCGGACGCCGCUUUUCAGAGGGCACUUCGGCCGAUCGCGAGAUUCAACGGACGCUCAUGGAGCUCCUGAAUCAAAUGGAUGGAUUUGAUGUGCUGGGCAAGGUCAAGAUGAUCAUGGCCACCAAUCGUCCGGACACGUUGGACCCGGCUCUCCUGCGUCCGGGUCGUUUAGAUCGAAAGAUCGAAAUCCCUUUGCCUAAUGAACAGUCGCGCUUGGAAAUUCUCAAGAUCCACGCCGGUCCCAUAACCAAGCACGGCGAGAUCGACUACGAAGCCGUGGUCAAGCUCUCGGAUGGGUUCAACGGUGCCGAUUUGCGGAACGUGUGCACUGAAGCCGGACUGUUUGCCAUCCGAGCCGAGCGCGAGUAUGUCAUGGAAGAGGACUUUAUGAAAGCCGUGCGAAAGGUGGCCGAGAACAAGAAAUUGGAAACCAAACUCGACUAUAAGCCCUUGUAAUUCACAUUAUUGCUCUUUCUUGUACGUUCCCCCUUCAUCCGUAUCUCCCAUGCCGCCGAUUGGUUCGAGUGACAUUCAGAGGCCCAACCGCCAAAAAAUACAUCAUACACGUUUAUUAUCCUGA